AUGUUUUUAUUGAAAGCGUCUCAAAAACUGGCCACCCCAAUUGCCUCAAGGCUUUUGUUGUCCAAGACCUCUGCCACCCGUGGCUUGGCCAGUUUGAAAACCUCAUCCAUUUACAAUGCUAAAAGAUUCUAUUCUGAUUCUACCAAUUCCCAACCAAAGAAGUCUAAUAACACUAUGUAUUUGGCUGCUGGGGCCAUUGCUCUUGGUGCCAUUGGUUAUUACACAUACACAAAAUCUACCAAGGAAGAAUUGACUGGAAACAAGGCUGGCCCAGUGUUCAAUAACAGUGAAGUCUCCGUGGUCUUUGUCUUGGGUGGUCCUGGGUCUGGUAAAGGUACCCAAUGUUCCAAACUUGUGAAAGAAUAUGAUUUCGUUCAUUUGAGUGCUGGUGAUUUGUUGAGAGCCGAACAAGCCCGUCCAAAUUCAGAAUUUGGCGAAUUGAUCGCCAAAUAUAUUCGUGAAGGGUUGAUUGUCCCACAAGAAAUUACCCUCAAAUUAUUGGAAAAUGCCAUCAAGGAAAACUAUGGUAAAGGGAGCACGAGAUUCUUGAUCGAUGGGUUCCCAAGAAAAAUGGACCAAGCUUUAUCUUUUGAAGAACAGAUUGCCACUAGUGCCUUCACUUUGUUCUUCGAAUGUCCUGAACAAGUGAUGAUUGAAAGAAUCAUCAACCGUGGUAAGACCAGUGGAAGAACCGAUGAUAACGUCGAAAGUUUGAAGAAAAGAUUCAAGACUUUCUAUGAAACAUCGAUGCCAGUGGUCGAUUACUUUGACAAACAAGGAAAGAUGGUCAAAUUGAGUUGUAACAAACCUGUUGAUGAGGUCUACGCCAGUGUCAAGGGUGCGUUGUCCGAAAAGUUGAACAUUAAUUAA